AUGUCAGACCAUAGCCAUUUCGCCACAUACCCCAGCCUCAAGGACCGCGUCGUCGUCAUUACCGGCGGCAGCAUGGGUAUUGGCGCCUCCAUGGUCGAGCACUUUGCUGUGCAGGGCGCGCAGGUCGUCUUCCUCGACAUUGACGAUGCCGCGGCCGCAGCCACCUCGGCCCGCGUGGCGUCGCUCGGGGUCGCGCACGCGCCCGUCUACCACCACUGCGACGUCGCGGACAUUGCCGGCGCGCUGCAGCCGACGGCGGCUGCUAUCCUCGCCGCCUUCCCGCGCGUCGACUGCCUGAUCAACAGCGCGGCCGCGGCCAUGGCGAAGCCGACGGCCGACAUCACGCCGGCGUGGUGGGCCCGCGCUGUCGACGUCAACCUCAGCCACCAGUUCUUCCUCACGCAGGCGCUGCUGCCUGGCUUACUGCAGGCGGCGCCGACGGCGGCCGUCGUCAACAUGGGCAGCAUCACGUGGGCGGUGCCGGCGACGGGCGUCGUGCCGUACACGACGAUGAAGGCGGCGGUCGUGGGGCUGACGCGCACGCUGGCGCACGAGCUCGGGCCGCAGGGUAUCCGCGUCAAUAGCAUCAUGCCGGGGUCGAUCGCGACGGAGAGGGAGCUGCGCGACGUCAUGACGCCGGCGUACGAGGCGCGCGUGCUCGGCAGCCAGGCCAUCAAGAGGCUGCUCGUGCCCCCGGAGAUUGCGCGGACGGCCAUGUGGCUGUGCGCCGACGACAGCUCGGGCAUGACGAACCAGAGCAUCCGCGUUGAUGGCGGCUGGACAUGA